AUGUUGCAGUUAUUUGUUGUGCCACAAAUUCAGGACAUUCCGGACUUAAUUUUCCAACAAGAUGGUGCGCCUCCUUAUUGGGGGGGGUUAGAUGUUCGUGCCUGUUUGGAUACAGCAUUUCUGGGAAGAUGGAUCGCGCGUGGUGGUCUCAUCAACUGGCCUCCGCGAUCACCGGAUAUAACACCACUGGAUGUCUUCCUUUGGGGUUAUGUCAAGGACGAGGUUUACCAAACAUUAGUGAACGACAUCGCAGCAUUAUGGCGCAGAAUUACUGACGUCAUAACAUCCAUCCCUCACGAUAUGUUGACCAACACAUGGGUGGAAUUGGAAUAUCGCCUGGAUAUCCUUUUAGCAAUGAAAGGAGCACACAUCGAAAUUUAUUAA